CAUCAGCGGGGUGGGGCGGAGGGAGCCGAGCUCUCCGUGCUGCCGCCGCCGCCGCGCGUCCUGCUCCUUCUGGUGGCGGAGAGAUGCCAGCCGGAGGGCCCGGCGGCCGCUGAGCCUUCGAAGGGGCCACGUUUGCACGGGUGCGCUCGUUGCGCGCGGCCGGAGGGGCGCCCCGGGCGCAGGGGGGCCGUCCGGCCGGUGGGGGCGGCCGCCUAUGAAGGACUGCUUGCCGGGGCCGGCGGCGGCAUGGAGGAGGAGGAGGGGGGCGGCUGCGGGGGGGCGCCGUGGCCGUCGGCGCUGGCGAAGGAGGCGUCGGAGCUGACGGUGAUGGACGUGUACGACGUGGCGUCGCUGGUGGGCCAGGAGUUCGAGCGCCUGAUGGAGCGGCACGGCUGCGAGGCGGUGGGCCGGCUGAUGCCGCAGGUGGUGCGCGUCCUGGAGCUGCUGGAGGCGCUGGUCGGCCGCAACAACCACCUCGACCCCGAGCUGGACGAGCUGCGCCUCGAGCUCCACCGGCUCCGCCUCGAGCGCGCCGACCGCAUCGACAAGGAGAGGAAGCACCAGAAGGAACUGGAGCUGGUCGAAGACGUGUGGCGAGGGGAAGCUCAAGAUCUCCUCACCCAGAUCGCUCAGCUGCAGGAGGAGAACAAACAGCUGCUGACCAACCUCUCUCACAAAGAUGUCAAUUUCUCAGAGGAAGAGAUCCAAAAACACGAAGCAGGGAUGUCCGAAAGGGAGAGGCAGGUGAUGAAGAAACUGAAGGAAGUGGUUGAUAAACAGAGGGAUGAAAUCCGAGCCAAGGACCGGGAGCUCGGGCUCAGGAACGAGGAUGUGGAAGCGCUUCAGCAGCAGCAAAACAGACUCAUGAAAAUUAAUCAUGACCUUCGCCACCGGAUCACCGUGGUAGAGGCUCAAGGAAAAGCUCUCAUCGAGCAAAAAGUGGAGCUGGAGGCGUAUCUUCAAACCAAGGAGCAGGAAAUGGCAGCACUCCGGGCCGAGCUGGGGAAGUUCCGGGAGAAACUGCAAGGGGAGCCCAGCCAAAAUGGAGAAGAAGUUCCGGCAGAAGAACCAAACAACGAGGAGUACAUCUCCGAAGCAGAAAAGAUAGCCAUGGAUUUGAGAGACCCAAAUCGGCCCAGGUUUACUUUGCAGGAGCUGCGGGAUGUUUUGCACGAGAGAAAUGAACUGAAGUCUAAAGUUUUCCUGUUACAAGAAGAACUUUUGUAUUAUAAGAGUGAGGAGGCCGAUGAAGAAACCAGAUCCCCUCAACCUAUGCCCAUCAUUCACUCAAAACCAUCCACUCAGCCAGAGUCUGGUAUCAAACGGCUGUUUAGCUUCUUUUCCCGGGAUAAGAAACGGAUGCAAACCACGCAGAGGAACGCCCCCUUCCAGAAUUCCUUUGGCGAAUGGGCUGACUUGAACAAAGAUGGGGUUUACACGGAACAAGGCCUAGAAGCUUUGCAGCACCUGUGACCGGAACAAGAGGAUGGUUUAGUCGCUUUGCUAACCAACGUGGAGAAACUCGCCUAAUAGACCAUGACCCCUGGAUAUUCCCCCUCCCCACCACAAUUCCCUUGCCGUACACUUUGUGGUUGGCAUUAAGAGCUUAUUUCCAGACCAGUUUCCCAAAAGGGAUCCCUUAACUGUUUACUUUUGGCCGCCAAAAGCAAGAUUCAAGCAUCCGUAACGAUGGCUUUUGUAUACUCUGGUGUAGCCACGCUUCUAAAUCACUGGCUGUGUGUUAAUUUAACAAGCCUGUGGAUUUUCCUUCCUGGGUUUUGCUUUGUAUUUUUACUCACUGCAUUAACUGCACUUAACAUUUCCUUAAACCAAAAAAAAAAGGAUCUGUGCUGUUACUAAGAAGUUGCACGGGUAGUCCCGGGAAAGACUCUCUUUGCUUGAUGGAAGAAGCAGGCGCUGGAGAUUUCAGUUCAUAUUUUUUUCUUCUGCUGCUAAACACCGUUUUGGAGACUCCGCAUUCGUUAGUCUUCUCCGUCACAGGAGAAGCUUGCAAACUGGGCUAUUUCCUCCUUCGCUCCCCCCCUUCCUCGCCCACCACUCUCCUCCAGUGGCACCUUCCUUUUGCUGAAGGGAUCCAUUUCGGAAAGAUGGCCGACACAAAUCCUGGAACUGGAUCCAGACUGGCUCGGAACUGUGAAUUCUGGAUUGUUAUUUCUAGUGCCUGAAGCAUGAUCACGUACAAGGUUGCGAGGGUGCCUUGCAGUUGCGCUAUGAAUGUUCUGACUUAUUAAUGGAAACUGAACUGUAGAAAGUCAUGCUAACCUUUUAAAAAAAGUUAUCCUCAUACCCAGGUUGCCCCUCUCUUUUCAUUGCCCUCUUCUGCAAAGAGUGCUUUUUCCCCCACAGGGGCCUUGGAAACAAUGUCCACCAGCUUUUUAACCACUUCCCUCCAGAUGUAGGAUCAAGAUCCAAAGAGCUGUGGUAGGCACGCCUGUUUGUUAUUGAGAAUCCUAGCAUGCAUUUGCAUUUAUUUAUUUAUAUCGCACUUUUUCCUCCAUCACCCGGGACUCAAACCAGCUUGGAAUAUUCUUUUUCCCUCCUCCAUGCUCUUACAACAACCCUGUGAGGUAGACCGGGCUGAGAGUUUGUGAUAGAAAUUAGGGUUUGAGCCUGCGUCACCCAAGUCCUAGUCCACCCCUCUACCUACUCCAGCAUGAGGUCAUAGAGCAGUGUUGGCGAACCUAUGGCACGGGUGCCAGAGGGGGCACUCAGAGCCCUCUCUGUGGGCAUGUGCAGAGUUCCCCCCCC